AUGACCAAACUCACGGACUUCAAGCUUCUCUCCUUUGAUGUCUAUGGAACACUCAUAGACUGGGAGACUGGUGUGAUAGAUGCUCUCCACCCUCUCCUCUCCAAGAACAACAAGACAGGCAAUUAUACCCGCAAGGCACUCUUGGAGAUUUACCACCACCACGAAGCCUCUCAGCAGCAAAAGACACCAGAUAUGUCUUACUGUGACCUGCUCGCUGCAAUUCAUCCUUCGAUCGCCGCAGGCUUGAAGUGUGAACCUCCAACAGAAGCAGACAACAAAGCAUUUGGAGACUCGGUGGGAAAAUGGCCUGCCUUCCCUGAUACCGUGGAUGCUCUCAAACGUCUCGCAAAGCACUAUAAAUUGGUUGUUCUUUCCAAUGUCGACCGCAACUCUUUCUCCACCACAAACUCCGGACCUCUGCAGAAGUUCCCCUUCGACGCCAUCAUCACAGCCCAAGACAUCGGUAGCUACAAGCCUUCACUCAAGAAUUUUGAAUUCAUGUUGAAGGAAGUAAACGAAAAGUUUGGGAUCGAAAAAUCGCAGGUGCUGCAGACGGCGCAAAGUCAAUUCCAUGACCAUCACCCAGCUAAGAAGAUGGGAAUCAAGAGUUGCUGGAUUGUGAGACCGGGAGCGGAGAUGGGAAACCGAGAGGAAGAAAUCUUUGACUGGAAGUUUGACACGCUCGGGGAUAUGGCUGAUGCUGUUGAGAAGGAAGAGCAAAAUUAG